CGGCUGUGCUGGGAAAGAUGCGUGUCUCUGUGGGUUCUUCCUUGCCUUCAUCCCGUCCCGGUCCUGCCCCCACCCCCGAGGGACCAGCACAUGGCAGCUGUAUUGCCUUAUUAUGGUUUGUUUAAGAAGUGUGUGAUGGUGGAAGAAGUGACAAGAGUGAUUUCCUCUUUUCCUGUAUGGGCUUUCCAGAGGGGUCUCGUCAACCUGAAGAUGCCAACAGUCUAUAUUUAUGAUGAGAAUGAUGAAGUCAGUGCUACUAAGAAUCAGCGCAGACUCCCUUCAGGAUCUUCAAAAGUCCUAGCUGAAAGAACUAGAGUUAACACUCCACUUCCUAAGAAAACAAUCACUACACCUCUAGCCACAUGUGGGUCUGCCAGAAAGGUUCUUGGAAAUGUGAAUAGAACUGGAGCUGUGAGUGUGAUGGAAAAGACAGGACAGAAAAGUCAGUGUUCUGCUGCAAAGAAAAUUCCAGAAAAGACUGCUGGAUUAGAAAGCAGCAAUGCACUGGCUGAAGACUGUCCAGAAAGAGAAAAUAUGUUUCCUUAUGACCCUCGAGAUGGUGAGUGUUUUGAACUUCCUGAAGAUCUCAAAAUAAGCAAUCUCAACCUGCGGGGUGUUGCCCACAUAUUUGAAAGGACAUAUGAUGAAUAUGUAAGCCUGGUUCCUUCACCUGUGGAUAUGGAAGAGAGUCUAUGGAAGUCUAACUUGCUACGAUCAUCUGCUGACUUCUGUGCUACCCUGGACGACAUCAUUAUUGACAUGCCAUCUCUUCCCUAGAAGCUUCAGAAAACGCAUUUAUUGAGUUGAAAUUGUAAUUGAGUUAAAGUUCUGUAUUUUAAUAAAGGCUAAUCUAUACUGUAUAAU